GUUGCAAAGUUGUAUCGAUAUUCCUAAUCUUUUGUAGACCAAAAUCAUUUUUCUAUGAGAAACCUUACACUUUCUGGGACGUCAGUGUUUCCUAUACCUGAGGCCAACGUAUCCGGUAUCGCAAUCGAUCUCGACCAAAAUGCAAUUUUUGUUGUAUCCGAACUAUCAAACCAGGACGCAGAAGUAGAAGUGAAUGUAUGGAAGAUAUCUAGUGAUGAUGCUAUUGCUUCGGAUGAGCUACCUACUCCCGAAAUGAUUUCCACGACGAGGACAACCUCUUCCUCGUAUAGUGCUCUACCUCAAGUAGUUUCUUUCAAAGCAUUGCCAGAGGCCAAUUGUCUAUCACUUGUCAUGCGUGGUGGUGACAUCAUUGUAAUUCCGCUGGAUGAAGAUAACUCGACACCCGAUGUAGUAGGAGGCGUAGAUUCUGGCAUUCUGGCUGCAUCGUGGAGCCCCGACGACUCGUUGCUUGUCCUGGUAACAGGUGAGGAGAAGCUCAUUCUGAUGACAUCGACGUUCGACGUGCUAUCCGAGUCAGUGCUGCAGAGCUCCGAAUUUGGUGAAGAUGCUCCUAUUAACGUUGGUUGGGGUUCCAAGCAGACUCAGUUUCAUGGAUCCCUCGGGAAAAAAGCUGCUCAAGCAAAUCCAUCCAUAGCUAUUGGGUCAAGCCCAGACGACGAUUCAGCUCCUCACAUCAGCUGGCGGGGAGAUGGCGCUUACUUUGUUGUCUCCGCGUUGUCUUCUGGUAUCCAUAGUGAUAUGGCGCAUAGAACUCUUCGCGUGUUCGAUCGUCAAGCAGUUUUGCAGUCAACAUCUGAAGCUGUAGCAGGAUUAGAGCACCCUGUGUCCUGGAGACCAUCAGGCAACGUUAUAGCAAGCACACAAAGAUUUGGAUUUCCGGGAGGUGGAGCCGGAAAACGUGAAAGGCAUGACAUAGUAUUCUUCGAAAGAAAUGGGUUAAGGCACGGUGAAUUUGGACUACGCCGAACAGAGAACCGUGCGCAGGAUUCAGAUCGGUGGGACUAUAAAGUCAAAGAGAUACAUUGGAGCCCUGAUUCUAACGUUCUUGCCAUAUGGAUUACGGAAGACCAAGGAGAUAUUUUGCAACUUUGGACAAUGGGGAAUUAUCAUUGGUACUUCAAACAGGAAAUAUCUGCACCGAAGUUAUCCUCUUCCAAGCCUGGUCGCUUUACUUCUGUCUGCUGGCACCCUGAGAAGGCUCUUACUCUGAUAUUGACAACACAUUCCCAGGUUCUUCAAAGAAGUUAUAACUGGGAGACAUGUGCUUCCCAAAUCAGGCCCCCAAAGGACACUGGCUCAGUCGCAGUAGUCGACGGAGAUAAAGUGUUACUAACACCUUUUCGAUCUCAGAAUGUCCCGCCACCUAUGUCUUCUUAUCAGCUGUCCCUAAACGGAGCACCUAGCUCGUCGACAAGAAACCGCGUGCCUGUUCAUCUGGCGUUUUCAAACGAGAGAGAUGUGCUAGCGGCACUAUGGGAAUCGGGCUAUAUAGAAUUAUGGAACCUGCAUACACGCAUUGGACCGAGUUCAGGAAAAAUCAUGGAACCAGUCAGAAUCUGGUCCGGAUCUGCUCAGAACGGUUUAGAUUGGACAGGCAGGCAGAUCGUUAUCAAGGACAUGAAGGAUUCUUCACGUUCCGAUAUCGCACAAGUUACAAUAUUAGGAUCUGCCGCUGUAGGACCCGAUCAACUCUUUGUGGUUGAGGUCCAUCUAGGGGAAGGUUCCACUUCUAUAGGAAACUACAAGGUCGCUACGCUUGGUCGAAAUGGUCGAUUGGUAAUUUCAUCUGAUAUCUUAGCUUGGCAAGAUCCUGGUGGGAAAGUUUAUGAAGCCUCAGGAUUCGUGAUUUAUACGACUACCAGCCAUGAAGCAUAUUUUGCGCCCUUGUCAAAACUCGCUUCACAAUUUCAUGAUCCCGCGGACGCUGCUGGUACUACCCGAGAUUCUGUCGAUGACUGGGAGAAACGCAGAGUCGAAAGAGGGUCUCGCAUAGUCACUGCCGUAUCAAGUAACAUGAGUCUGGUUUUACAAAUGCCGAGGGGCAAUCUGGAGACCAUCAAUCCAAGGCCUCUUGUCACGGAGGUUGUGAAACAAGAUUUGGAUGCCGGCAAUUAUCGAAAGGCUUUUCUUGCUUGUAGAAAGCAUCGGAUAGACCUAAGUUUCAUUGUAGAACAUGAUCAGGAAGCUUUUAUGAGGCGACUAUCCUCCUUCGUGAAGCAGGUUGACGAAGUGGACUAUAUCAACCUCUUCUUAACCAGUCUUGGGAGGAGUCAUUUGCCUGUUGAAGAUAUCUCUGCCUCAUGUGAUGCAAUUCGUGUAGAGCUGGAGAGAGUCGACCUAACUAAAUAUAUAAACUCGAUCUUGACUGCAUACGUGGUGAAAAGUCCACCCGAUCAUGAAGCCGGGCUGGCUUUGCUCCUUCGUUUGCGAGAUGCAGAGCCGAAUAUAGUGGAAGAUGCUGUGAAGUAUAUCAUCUUUCUUGUUGAUGCUGAUCAACUCUUCAACGCGGCCCUUGGCAUGUACGACUUUUCGUUAGUACUUAUGGUUGCACAACAUGCACAGAAAGAUCCUCGAGAAUAUUUGCCAUUCCUACGUGAUCUUAAAGCUUUAACGAAGUACUACCAGCGGUUCAAGAUCGAUGAUCAUCUAAGACGGUAUUCAAAAGCUCUGCGCGACCUCAGUCUCGCAGAGUCAGCUCAUUUUGAGGAGGCCAUGGAGUAUGUAGAAAGGCAUCAACUUUAUGAAGAAGCACUCGCAGUUUGGACAGAAUCUGAAAAUCGCAACCGAGUACUAUGCAUCUAUGGGAACUGGCUGUUUGAUAGACGAGAGUUUCGCCAGGCUGCUUUAGUUUUCAUUGAGGCUUGCGAACCGCUUAAAGCAAUGGUCGCUCAUGAAAGGGCCCUGCAAUGGCAGGAACUUUUCGAGCUAGCCUCACGAGAAAAGGUACAAGAAGACGAAUUACAAGGCAUGGCAUAUCGUGUUGCCGAGGAGCUGACAUCGAAAAAGCGUCACGCGGAGGCCGCGCGUGUAUUGUUGGACUAUUCCAAGGAUGUGCGGCAGGCCGUCAUUGCCCUCGUGAACGGAAACGAGUUCUCGGAAGCACGUCGGAUAAUAACCGUUCACUCCAUGCCAGAACUGGUUGAUGAUAUAGUCCUUCCGGGUGCCUUAGAAAGCAAGUCUCAAUAUACGGAGGAUAUAUCAGAAAUGCGUGAGCAAUUAAGAAAGCAAGUUUCAAGAUUGCAAGAAUUGCGAGUCAAAAAGGUUGAAGAACCAGAUGCCUUUUAUGGGACAGAAGAUGCAAAUCUGCAUAAUGUCGAUACCAUGACAGAUGUGUCUAUGCCACUUACGGCAUUCACGAGGUAUACUGUAGCGCCAACUACUACCUCGAAAGCUUCAAAGCGGAGCUCAAGGUCUAAGAGGAAGAUGGAACGUAAAGUAGGAUCUGGGCGAAAGGGGACCGUCGACGAGGAGGAAUAUCUUCUAAAGUCCAUCGCCAAGCUCGUGACAAGGUGUAAUAUGACUCAAGGGGAUGUCUCCAAGCUCUUGCCUCAUUUGCUCCAUCUUUCAAACGAACAUCGGACGGAAGGCAAAGAGCUACAGGAUGAUAUGGGCAAAUUCCAGGUAGAACUACGGAAUGCGGUUGAGGAGGUUUGGACCAGACCCGGAGAAAAUGCAGAACCGAACCCCGACGAUACAUGGGCAGCGAGGAUGCAGAAAAAAGAGGGGGAAAGGCUGACAGAUCCUAUUGAGCGGGUUGUAAAGCCAGAGAUGUCCCUACCCGAUUGGGGUUUGAGACUACUUCAACUUCAAAUAGACAAAACGUCAUGAACUUCAACGCCUGUAAAGUAGUAAAAUUUCUUUGUAUCAGUUGAUUCACGGCAGUAUUGUUCUAAUUGCUAUAAUAUUGCAUUUAUAA